AUGAUGCCAAGCAGGCUUAUAGAAGAGGAUAGAAACCAUACAUCUGUUGUUGUAUUUGUUCUACUAGGAAUUACAGAUGAGAAAGAGCUACAGUUUAUUCUCUUUCCAGUUUUCCUAGGGAUCUACUUGGUUACAUUAUUUUGGAACCUUGGUCUGAUCAUUUUAAUCAGGAUGGAUUCACACCUGCAUACACCAAUGUACUUUUUCCUCAGUUUCCUUUCAUUUAUAGACAUCUGUUAUACUACAUCCAUCAGCCCAAGGAUGCUUUCAGACUUUUUCAAAGAUGAAAAAACGAUUUCCUUCAUUGCCUGUGCCAUUCAAUUUUAUGCUUCAUCUUGGAUGGGUCAGGCUGAGUUCUGCCUCUUAGCUGCCAUGGCCUAUGACAGAUACGUGGCCAUUGGGAACCCUCUACAAUACUCAACCAUCAUGGCGCCUGGGCUCUGUCAGAAGAUGGCUGCUGGGGCUCUAGGGACUGGUUUCCUUUGUAGUCUAUUAGAAACAAUUCCUUGCUUUAAUCUCCACUAUUGUGGGCCAAAUGUCAUUGAACACUUCUUCUGUAACAUAACAGAGAUCAUUAUUUUGUCUUGUUCCAGUCCCUUCAUCACCCAAAUGAUUCUGUUUUUAGUAGUCUUCUUUGUAGGUUGUGGUUCUUUGCUCAUUAUCCUGUUAUCCUAUGGUUUUAUUACAGCUUCUAUUCUGAAAAUAUCCUCUUUGAAAGGUAGUGCCAAGGCCUUUAAUACCUGUGCCUCCCACCUGGCAGUGGUGACACUCUUUUAUGGUACAUCUUUCUCUGUAUACCUGCAUCCUCAUUCCAGACACUCUGAGAAGCAAGAUAAGAUGCUGUCAGUAUUUUAUAUAAUAAUUAUUCCCAUGUUAAACCCUCUUAUUUAUAGUCUUAGGAACAAGGAAAUCAAAGAGGCCCUUAAGAGGGUGAUAAGGAGGGCUAUACAUUUUACACAUUAA